UGUCGAUUCCCACAGGAAACAUUCAGUUACACGUUGUCAGCACUCAAGUAUUGAACAUGGUUCUGCUCAAACUGCUUGUAUUCACUUUAACUUUUUAUGACCUCAUUGUUGAUUUGGAUGCUAAGAAGAUUUGCCAAAAAGGUAAAGUAUGACUUUCUAGUAAUUAUCCUCCUCAUUCGGCAUAAUGCUGUAGAAUAUACUAACACUUUUUGGCUUUACAACUUCCUCUUUUCUUCAUGUGCUUUUGACUUUCAAACAAAUCAAGGUCAACAAGUAACUCUUGACGGAGCUGGUUGUGAAAUCUGCCUCAAUGGAUUUUACCAGCCUGGAGUGAAUUACUCCAAAUACUGCAAACCGUGUACAAAGUGUGAUGAGGAAACAAGUUUUGUUAAAGGGACGUGCACAAAAGAGACAAACACAAAAUGUCAGUGUCGCGGAGGAUUUGUUCCCCGGUACAUAGAUUCUUCCACUUGCAAAUGUAACUCUGGAUUUGGACUAAAACCUGGAAGAGAAUGUUCAGAAUGUGAAGAUGGAUAUUUCAGCCCACGUAUCAACUCGAUCUGUCAAAAAUGGAAAGAAUGUAAAUGUGGAGUAAUUAGAAAUGGAACAAAGACCACAGACGUCAUCUGUAAGGCAGAGUUAGAGGGCUGUAGUGAUGCAAGUAACACUUACGUCACUCCUCCCCCCACAUCAAAGAAAUUUUUUUCUCGAAUCCCACCCUCAACAUCUCAUCAUCUACAUGAGGGGGCAACCACCACCACUACCACUACCACCACCACCACCACCACCACGGCUGCUCCAGGUCACAGAGUCACCAAAGGGCAAACUCUCCACACUCCAGAGACAGGUAACAUUGGUACAGGUACGGCCAUCGUCAUAUUGGUAAUUGUUGGACUGCUUGUAGUACUGACCGCUGUGACCUGCAAGCUGCACAUCACUCGUCAACCAGCAGCACCAAGAGAUGACUCUUUGUGUCGGAGGCCAGUGGAGGAAAGCGGCGACGACAGUCUGUCCUCUCUCAAACUGAAUCCAGGCGGGCACUGAGGUCUCAAAUCUCAAAUACGUUAGCUAAGACUGUGAAUAUUUAGAUCAGAUAAUCAUCAUAUGAAUCUUUUCAGACUGAUCACUUAUAUUUUCUUGGUUUUACAUUAGAAAAUAGCUACAUCAGAAAAACUAUUUACUGUGUCUGUGUUGUAGCAGGUGUAUUCACAAUCUGCAGUAUCGUCAAUAUUUGACUUUUCUUUGUUCCGUUGUAAUAGAAUAUUGGGUGAAUAAUGUGAAAGAUUUGUGUAAAUCAUAUCUAAUUUUUUGUCAUUUAACUUUAGAUCAAUUUAAAGUAGGUAGUUUUUACUACUUUUUAUAAUAACCUCAGAGAUCCUGCCACUAAAUACCGUAUAGUAUUUACCAUUCUUGCUAAAAUGCACAUAUGUAAAAAUGAUUUGAAGCUUUUUUUUAAGCCCUAUGACAUUAUAUAAUGUGAUAUGGUUUAAUGGGGCAAAUGACAUGUUUCUGAGAAAUAUACAGUAUGAUAUGAAUAGUAUUGUAGUAAAGGUAGUAACAAUCAAAACCACUGAUUGUGAACUGCUGGAGAGCCUUAGAAAAACAUUCUACUAUAAUUUGUGUAAUCUCUCUGUCUCUAUUUUUGUCAUGUUUUGUUCAUUCAGUUCUUUUCCACUGGUAGCACAUCUGUAAAGCUGAGAACAGUAAAAAAACAUGCUUUCAGUGAUGUGUGGGCUUGGGGGAGUUCCCCAUGUGGAUUUAAAUGUGCCUCUUUUUCCCACUGAAAGAUACUUCCUCUCAUGUUUUCGCUUCAGCCGUUGGAAAGAUUGAUGUUGUAAAUGUGAAGUCUUUCAUGUUGUUUAUACCUCACUGGAGACUUUCCCCAGAUCAGUAGACAGAGGAGUUAUGAAAGCAUGCCCUCAUUAUUUUAUUCACUUCUGUUUUUGCAAAGAAAUCUGAUAAACACGCCUUCAAAUCACAGGUGGCUCGGUGUGUACCUGGCUGGCAAUGUGCAGUUUGUUUCCAACUCAUUGAUUCCUUUGACAGCGACCUCUGUUAGAAUACUUUGGAAGAAAUAAGAAAUAAACAAUUCUUCUUAAAAACAGCAGUAGACAAAGUAUUCAGGUCCUUUACUUAAGUACAAGUGUUAAUACAACGAUGUAAAAAUACUGCUUAUUGCAAGUUAAAGUAUAAAUGUUUUAGCAGUAAAAUGUGAAAAUAUGAAAAGUAAAAGUACUCUACAGAGAAAAUCUACUAAAUCUAAAUCUACAUCUAAAUCUACAGAAAUCACAUACAUAUCAUACGUAUAUAUAUAUACUACUACUUUUAUUUGGCAGAUACUGUAGUUACUUUUCAAAUGAAAAGUAACUACAGUAUCUGUCAAAUAAAAGUAGUAGUAUAUAUAUAUAUAUAAAAGUAGUAAAAUAAAAGUUUAUAUAUAUGAAAAGUAACUACAGUAUCUGUCAAAUAAAAGUAGUAAAAUAAAAGUACAUAUAUAUAUAUGAAAAGUAACUACAGUAUCUGUCAAAUAAAAGUAGUGGAGUAAAAAAGGACAAUGUUGCCCUCUGACAUGUAGUGAAGUCAAUUAUAAAGUAUCGUAAAAUGGAAAUACCCGAGUAAAGUACAAGCAGGCCAACCUCAAAAUUGUACCUAAGUACAUUACUUGAGUACAAACAGUGCUGUGAUGUCCUGAGAGUGUGUGAAUAAAGGUUUUUGUACAACUAAACUA